UGUCCUUAUUAGCACAAGAGGUGUUCUAGCUCACGUCUCCUGUCUCUUCAGACCCCAAUUAGCAGCUGUGUAGUACCAGCCUGUGAGCCUGAUGCAUUUCAUGACCCCCUCCACUGGUGCUCCCAACUUAAAUGUAAGAGAACCACAUGCCAUUUAGGAACACAAGAAAAUAAGUAUGUUUUAUUGCGAUACAGCCUACUGUAUAUAGAGCCCCACAGUGGAAGUGUCAUAAUACCCAUAAACCUAACGAUCAAACAGGGAGUCACCUUGUCCUAGAGAGAUUUAGAUGGUUAUCAAAAUGCCACGCCAGGGUAAGCCUACACAACACAGCUCUUCUUUUAAGUGUUUGUAAAAUCCCCUACAGGAAAAAGGAAUGGUGGAAAAACGAUUACAACCAUUUCCUUGUUUGACUGCUAGAUUUUAUGGGUAUUAUGACUCAUACUGUGGUACUCUAUUGGGCCUAAGAAUUCUUGUUACUUUUGAAGCAAAUGUUGUGCCCUACAAAGUAAUAUGUAUAUUCGUUUAUAAUAAUAUAAUAAUGUAAUAUAAUAAUAAUAAUUUUUUCAUAGUUGCACAGUGCUUGAUACUAGAGGAGAAAAUGCCAUGUGACAAGAACACAUCAACAACCCAGUCUCCCAUCAGACUUCAAAGGGCCCCGCCUGAUUGAAACAUGAGUGGUUUAUUUGUGAUAAGCAGACAACACAGGUUAUGUAAUUAAUUUAUUACAAAUAGAAUAGGUUUCUAUGCUCUCAGCAACUUGGUAAUGUCGUCAAUGGUAUCCCCUAUAGAAGGAUUAUGUAGGGUCAUGUUGCACAACCUACCAUUUACAUUUGUUUUUCAUAACUGGGCAACUAUGUCAGAUAAAUGUCCAUUGCUUUUUUAGAUUUAAUUACAAAUAAGCAGAAGUUCAAUCAACCAAUGAUAUUUUACAGAGACAUAAUUAAGACUUUCAGCAUGCUUAUAGGGAAGGGCACUCAACAUGCUCGGCACUGACACAAAUUACUGAUGAUUGGCUGAAAGACAUUGAUUAUUAGAAGAUUUUAGGAGCUGUUUUGUUAUAUUUCAUUGCACCUAUUGAUAUCAUUGAUUACUGAAAAAAUGUAGGUGUUAUGGAUUUACAUCUUUAUCAUGGAUUGAGAGUUCCCUAUCUAAUUGAACACAGUGUAUUUUUUUAUGGAAGCCUCUCUAAAGCAAAUUCAGUUGAGUGUGGUGUACCACAGGGCAGCUGACUUGGGCCAUUAUUGUUUUCUGUGUUUACUAAUGACCUUCCACCGACCUUAACCUCUCUGGUAGAAGUGGGCGACCCACCUCGACAACAGCCAGUGAAAUUGCAGGGUGACAAAUUCAAAACAGAAAUCCCAUAAUUACAUUUCCUCAAACAUACAAGUAUUAUCCACCAUUUAAAAGAUAAACUUCUUGUAAAUCCAACCACAGUGUCCGAUUUCAAAAAGGCUUUACUGCGAAAGCACACCAUGCGAUUAUGUUAGGUCAGCACCUAGUCACAGAAAACCAUACAGCCAUUUUUCCAGCCAAAGAGGAGUCACAAACAGCAGAAAUAGAGAGAGAAUUAAUCACUAACUUUUGAUCUUCAUCAGAUAGCACUCAUAGGACUUCAUGUUACACAAUACAUAUGUUUUGUUCGAUAAAGUUCAUAUGUAUAUCCAAAAAUCUCAGUUAACAUUGGCGCGUUAUGGUCAGAAAUGCAUUGUCUCAAACAAACAUCCGGUGAAAGUGCAGAGAGCCACAACAAAUUACUGAAAUACUCAUCAUAAACAUUGAUAAACGAUACAAGUGUUAUACAUGGAAAUAUAGAUAAACUUCUCCUUAAUGCAACUGCUGUCAGAUAUCAAAAAGGCUUAACGGCGAAAGCACACUUUGCGAUUAUGUUAGGUCUGCACCUAGCCACAGAAACCCAUACAGCCAUUUUCCAGCCAAGGAGAGUGUCACAAUCGUCAGAAAUAGCAUUAAAAUUAAUGAUGAUCUUCAUCUGGUGGCACUCCCAGGUCUCCAUGUUAGACAAUAAAUGUUUUGUUCAAUAAUGUCCCUCUUUAUGACCAAAUACCUCCUUUUUGUUUGCGUUUUGUCCAGUAAUCCGAAUGCUUAAGGCGCAUGCAAGUCCAGACAAAGUUUUUAAAAAGUACAAUAAAAGUUAGUAGAAACAUGCCAAACGAUGUUUAAAAUCAAUCGUCCGGUUGUUUUUGUCAUGAAUAAUCAAUAAUAUUUUAACUGGACAAAAGCUUCGUCAAUAGGAAAGGAGAAACGAGAAAGGCGCGUUCCCGAUCAGGCGCAUGGCUGAUGAUUGAACUGGCCACUGAUUGAAAGUGUUGUAUCUCCCUCAUUUUUCAGAGUAAAAGCCUGAAACAAUGCCUAAAGACUGGCCACAUGUAGAGGAAGCCAUAGAGACCGUGACCUGGGUCCUAAGUCUUUGUAUGGUGGAUAGGCUUUCAAUGGAAAAACAGCCUUUCAAAAUAAUAGUACUUCCUGGUUGGAUUUUCCUCGAUUUUUGCCUGCCAUAUCAGUUCUGUGAUACUCACAGACUACCAAUUAUAUAAUCUACUAAUUAUAUGCUUAUCCUAUCUUCUGGGCCUGAGUAGCAAGCAGUUUAAUUUGGGCACGCUUUUCAUCCAAAAUUCAGAAUGCUGCCCCCUACCCUAGUGAAGUUAAGUAAAGGUUGUGAGUCUAUGUGUGCUGACAACUCAACUGUAUAUAUGUCAGCUCCAACAGUAAUAUAAAUCACUGACACCCUUAACAUAGAGAUCCAGACAGUUUUAGAAUGCGUAACUAUCAGUGGGCUGGUGUUAUCUAAAAAACUAAAAGCAUUGUUUUUGGGACAAAUCACUCACACAACCCUAAACCUCAUUUAGAUGUAUUAUUGCAUGUGGCAAUUCAGCAAGUUGAGGGGACUAAACUGCUGGGUGUAACCCUAGAUAGCAAGCUGUCAUGGUCAAAAAAUAUAGACUCAAUGGUUGCUAAAAUGGGAAAAGGUCUGUCCAUGAUAAGGCAUUUCUCUGCUUUCUUGAUCAAAAUCCUACAAGCCCUAGUUUUGUCGCACCUGGACUACUGCCCAGUUGUGUGGCAAAGGACAUGUGAAUGUAACAAUUGGUCCUGAACAGAGCAGCACGUAUUGCAAUUUAGAUGUCAGUAGUAUGCAUGUAAAUCUCUCCUGGCUCAAAGUUGAGGAGAGAUUGACUGCAUCACUAUUGGUCGUUGUGUGAGGUGUUGAUGUGUUAAAGGUACUGAACUGUCUGUUCAAGCAGUUGGCACACAGUUCAGACACUCAUCUGUACCACACAAGACAUGCAGCCAGAUGUCUCUUUGCAGUUCCCAGGUCCAGAACAGAGGCUGGGAAACACACAGUAUUAAAUAGAGCCAUGAAUAGAUGGAAUUCUCUGUCACCCCAGGUAACUCAAAUUAGCAAUAAAACAAGAUUCAAAAACCAGAUAACAUAACACCUUAAGGAAUGACGGGGAUUGUGAAGAGACAGACAUUUAUAUAUAUACUGAACAAAAAAUAUUAACGCAGUAGUUCUGGUCCCAUGUUGGUCCCAUGCAAACCUUUCCAUACACACACAAAACAAACAUUUGUGCACACAUUUGUUUACAUCCCUGUUAGUGAGCAUUUCUCCUUUGCCAAGAUAACCCCUCCACUUGCUAGAUGUGCAUAAAUUGCAUGUAUUUUUUUGUGCGAAUUUUGUAUUUAGCAUUGAAUUAUCUAGUUUUAUGUAUUUUCUUUGUUGUGUUUUGGCAGCGGCUAAUUGGGGAUCCAAAUAAAACACUAAAUACAAACAUUGAAACACUGUUGCAGAUAUUCAGUUGAAACCUGGGUGAAAUUGAGAACUAUUAUGUACAUUUAAUCAAAAAAGCCACCAAGCUAUUGUAAAAUAAAGUUGACUAAAACAAUCAAAUUGAAUAGUUUAGCGCUGUGAAAUUAGACACGGGAUAUUAGUCAUAUCACAUGCAGUAUUGUGCUCAUAGGAAAUAUCACUGAUCUCAUAUCGAAAGAUAAUAUCAUGGGAUGACAGAGGAGAUCAAUAACCAAAAGCAGGGGUUGGUUGAACGGGUAGCGUAAGCUUACUCCAUGACAUCUGGGAUUUUCCUUUAACCGAUCUGCUCUCCCAGUAACCGAAAGGUUGGUGGAUCGAAUUCCUGAGCUGACAAGGUAAAAAUUAGUAGUUCUGCCCCUGAACAAGGCAGUUAACUGUUCCUAGGCUGUCAUUGUAAAUCAGAAUUUGUUCUUCACUGACUUGCCUGGUUAAAUAAAACAUCUGCUCUUCAUUUAUCUGCCCUUCCACCUAUCCAUGUCACCCCUUUUUAUUAUCCUAAUCUUUCCUCCUAUUUUGGCUCAUUCUUUCCUCUGCCACUGUCCCGUCUCCUAUUCCUCUCUCUGUUUCUUCUGCUCUCUGUCUUCUUCCCCUCAUCCUUCCACCUUCCUCCCCCCCCCACUGGCCCUGCUGCUGUCAUUGAACCUGUUGAAGUUUGCUAAUUAAGAUCCCAUUCAAAUUCAUCAUACCAUUUGGACAGCGGUCCAGCAGACACAGGAUAAGAGGACUCCCGUCACCAUGACAACGGGUGCUAAUGGAGACGGUGGACUGGGCGGAUGGGUGGUGAUGAUGCUCCUCCUCCGAGCUACUUAACACCAUGGCUUUGAUCUGGCCCGGCACUCACUCCUUCUGUCCUGUCUGCUCACUGCACAGCUGAGACUGAGACUGGGCUGUGUUAUCUGAUCUGGGUCCAGACUGGGAGAAAGAGGAUAAGAGAGAGAAGAGGAGGAGAAGAUGUCUACAGGCUGUGGCUGUGUGAGGUCGCCCCCGGAGACAGCGGAACACAGACUGACGGGUGGACAGGAGCACCACUAUCAGAUGGUGGAGCCUGUGAGGACCCUGCUAGAGGAGGGGGCAGGGAUGACCAGAGCUGUGCAGGGGAAACACUGUCCUGAGGCAGUGCACCCCGAGGAGCAGCCAGAUGAGCAGGAACUGAAGAAACCACGCAGGAAAGACACUCCCGUCCUCAACACUCCUCCACUCAUACCAGGUGUGAGGAUGGUGAAAGGAGAGAAGCGAAUGAUUCACAUGGAGGAUGAAGAGAAGGAUGGAAAGAACUAGAAGUCAUUGGAGGAGAGAUUCUUGCCUACAAUUUUUUUGUUGUUGACAUCGUUGUUUCCUGUUGUCACAUUACUAAUAUGUAGCCUAUACAUGUUUAUUAAAAGUAGCUCUACAAUG